UCUCGGCUUCAUUGACUAUUGUCUCUGAAGCAUUCCUCUCCUUUUUCGUCAACGCGAGACCGUUACGAAGACUUGUUUACAAGUCUAUUCCAUUCUUUACUCCUGGUCGAGUGCUCUCGUUGUGUACGGGUUGUUUCAGGCUUCUCUUGUUUAAUCUUUCCCUUCGCAGUCCAGGAGACAUUUUGAGUAAACGAGUUUUGUUGGUGAUUUAUUUUUACGUUAUUCUUUAUCCCUUUAUAGCCAACUGAACCAACUAUCUGUCUGGCACGGUCACAUCGAGAGCCAAGACGACAGGCAACAAACAUUACCCACGAAGGAGCUGCGGUCUCGGUCUGAUCUCACAUAACGAAUCACAAUCUUUACCCUGACGACGACGACAACUUGCAACUCACAGUCAAUCAUGCGGGGGUUCUUGAAGAUUGCUGGCGCGGCAUGCGUGCUGGGCCAGCUUGCGGACGCGACUGUCAAGAUCAACUUUGACCAAGACCAGUCCAUCAAGGAUGGUGCAAGCACAAUAGCCUUCGGCUUGUUGAAGUUCUACACAGGAAACAACACUGGCGACACACCGGGCAACUUGCCAGACCCGUACUUCUGGUGGGAGGCUGGAGCGAUGUUCGGCACAAUGGUGGAUUACUGGCGCCUGACGGGAGACGAUACAUACAACGCAGUAACAACACAAGCACUGCUUCAUCAGGCAGGCGAUGAUGCCGACUUCAUGCCGAGAAACCAGACGAGGACGGAAGGAAAUGAUGACCAAGGAUUCUGGGCCAUGGCGGCGAUGAGCGCGGCGGAAAACAACUUCCCAAACCCUCCAUCAGACAAGCCUCAGUGGCUGGCACUCGCGCAGGCUACCUUCAACCAAUACGUCAGCCGCUGGGAUAUGGAGACGUGCGGCGGUGGAUUGCGGUGGCAGAUCUUCACGUUCAACAACGGCUUCAACUACAAGAACUCGAUUUCGAACGGAUGCUUCUUCAACAUUGCGGCUCGACUAGCGCGGUUUACCGGCAACCAGACGUAUGCGGACUGGGCGGAGAAGAUAUGGGACUGGGAGACAAGCGUUGGUCUGAUCACGCCCGAGUUCAAGAUUUACGAUGGUGCCACGGUCGACAACGGGAUGAACUGCAAGGAUAUCGACACGAUCCAGUGGUCGUACAACGCGGGUAUCUUCCUGCACGGUGCCGCGACCAUGUACAACUUGACCCAGGACAAGAAGUGGUUGACGCGAACCGAGGGCGUGCUGACGGAAGCGACGACCCUGUUCUUCAACCAGACUGCCAUGUUCGAGCAGGCCUGCGAGGCAUUCAAGCUGUGCGACCAGGACCAGCAAAGUUUCAAAGGGUACUUCACGAGGUGGAUGGCCGGAACGGCGCAGGUGGUGCCCUCCCUGUUCGACAAGAUCAUGGGCCUCCUCCGGCCCAGCGCCGAACUCGCCAUCGCCGCGUGCAACGGGUCGCCGGCUACGGGUUACAAGGGACAACCGGGCACGGCGUGCGGAUUCCAAUGGGUGCCCAAGGGCCAGUUCGACGGCCAGGUCGGCGUGGGUGCGCAGAUGAACGCGCUCGACGCCACCAUGUACAUGCUCGUGAAGAAAGCGGACACCAAGACGGCGCCGGUGACUGCGGACACGGGCGGCACGUCGGUGGGCAAUGCCAAUGCCGGCAUGAGCUCGCAGCCCAAGAUCCCUACGUUGCCGCCGAUCGAGACCAAGGAUAAAGUGGCUGCUGGAUUUGCUACAACGGCUAUUACUUUGAGUAUCGUGGCCGGGUGCUUUUUCAUCAUGAAAUGAGAAAGGGCAUGGUAGUUUGAUUCAGCAGCAUUUUUUCAGUACUCGGGUUCUCGGUCGAACAAUUUAAUCUGGCAACGGCAUGGGAUGAGGCGUUUUUUUGGGAGGAAAAGACUAGCUUUGAUAGCAGUCUAUCAUGAUAUACUGGCAUUGGUAUGUGGGCGGCAACAAAUGUAACAGACCUCUAUCCAGAAGAAGGUUCGGGUUUACGAUAUACCCUACAUACACAUACAUUUACAUAUACACAUUUUAUUUUCAUGAUGCCAAUCUGGUCUCCAAUGCUCCGUCGCCUAGACUUUCCCUCACACCCCAAACUCUAGAGCAUGCACAAGCAGUCGCUUCGCAAAGACCACUCAACGACA